GAGCGCAGGAUGUAUUAGAAUCUGAAAUCCUUCUCUAGGAUAUGAUGUGCUUAGUAAAACUUUAUCUACAGGUUAGGAUAUUUUAAUAUGAAUUUUAAAAAUGGACUUGAAAGAUCUAGAGGAAGAGGUUGUGACAGCAUUGCCUGAAGAUAUGAGAAAAGGUUCUAAUCCCUAUGGUUUUCCAUGGGAAUUGCUGAUAUGUGCAGCAAUUGUUGGAUUUUUUGCUGUUUUCGUGCUUCUGUGGAGAAGUAUUCGAUCGAUAAGAAGCCGGCUUUAUGUGGAAAGAGAGAAAAAGCUUGCUGUAGAACUUUCUGCACUCAUUGAAGAAAAAUGUAAAUUACUUGAAAAAUACAGCCUCGUACAAAAAGAGUAUGAAGGCUUAGAGUCAUUAAAGGAUUCCAGUCUUGAGAAGGAGUCAACAGAAGCUCAAAAUUUGGAGGCACUCUGUGAAAAACUGAACAGUUCCAAAUCUGAAUUUGAGGAUGAAAUACUCUUUCUAGAAAAAGAGUUAAAGGAAGAGAAAUCUAAACAUUCUGAACAAGAUGAAUUGAUGGUGGAUAUUUCAAAAAGGAUACAGUCCUUAGAAGAUGAAUCAAAAUCACUCAAAUCACAAGUAGCUGAAGCCAAAACAACCUUCAAAAUAUUUCAAAUGCAUGAAGAACGACUUAAGAUAGCUAUAAAAGAUGCUUUGAGUGAAAAUUCCCAACUUCAGGAAAGCCAGAGACAGCUUUUACAAGAAGCUGAAGAACUGAAAGAACAAGUGAGUGAACUUAAUAAGCAGAAAAUAACAUUUGAAGACUCCGGAGUAUAUGCAAAACAAGUUCUGUGUGAUAAAGAAAAUCAGAUCAAGUCCCUGACUGAACGCUUGCUAAAGAUGCAAGAUUGGGCUGCUGUGCUUGGAGAAGACUUGAUGGAUGAUAACUUGGAAUUGGAAAUGCAGACCGAUUCAGAAAAUGGUGCAGUCUUAGAUAAUGAACCAAAAGGAGCUUUGAAGAAGCUGAUUCAUGCUGCUAAGUUAAAGGCUUCUUUAAAAACCUUAGAAGGAGAAAGAAACCAAAUAUACACUCAAUUAACUGAAGUAGAUAAAACAAAGGAAGAUCUUACAGAGUGUAUUAAAAAUAUCCAGACUGAACAAGCAGCUUUGCAGCCAGAAAAUGAACAUCUUGAAAAUGAGAAUCAAAAGCUUCAGCACAAACUUAAAGUAAUGAGUGAACUGUAUCAAGAAAAUGAAAUGAUACUUCAUAGGAAAUUAACAGUAGAAGAAAAUUACCGGUUAGAGAAAGAAGAAAAACUUUCUAAAGCAGAUGAAAAGAUCAGCCAUGCAGCUGAAGAGCUGGAGACCUAUAGAAAGCGAGCCAAAGACCUUGAAGAAGAAUUGGAGAGAACCAUUCAUUCUUAUCAAGGGCAGAUUAUUUCUCAUGAGAAAAAAGCACAUGAUAAUUGGUUGGCAGCUCGGACUGCUGAAAGAAACCUCAAUGAUUUAAAGAAAGAAAAUUCUUACCUCAGACAAAAAUUAACUGAAACAGAGCUUAAAUUUGAACUUUUAGAAAAAGAUCCUUAUGCACUUGAUGUUCCAAAUACAGCAUUUGGCAGAGAGCAUUCCCCAUAUGGUCCCUCACCAUUGGGUCGACCUUCAUCUGAAACGAGAGCUUUUCUCUCCCCUCCAACUUUGUUGGAGGGUCCACUCAGACUCUCACCUUUGCUUCCAGGGGGAGGAGGAAGAGGCUCAAGAGGCCCAGGGAAUCCUCAGGACCAUCAAAUUACUAAUGAAAGAGGAAAAUCAAGCUAUGAUCAGUUUUCUGAUCCUCACAGGGAACCUUCUGACACCGGGUCCCUUUCACCUCCAUGGGAACAGGAUCGUAGGAUGAUGAUUCCUCCAUCUGGUCAACCUUAUUCUGAUCCAGCUCUUCCUCCACAAAGGCAAGACAGAUUUUAUUCUAAUACUGGUAGACUAUCUGGACCAGCAGAACUCAGAAGUUUUAAUAUGCCAUCACUGGAUAAAGCAGAUGGACCAAAGUCUCCAGAAAUGGAAUCCAGUGGAAAUGAUAGCAAAGACGAUCUUGGUAAUUUAAAUGUGCCUGAUGCAUCUCUCCCCACCAAAAGUGAAGCAACUGGCCCUGGCUUCGUUCCUCCAAUCAGAGGUCCAUUGUUUCCAGUGGAUGCAAGGGGCCCGUACAUGAGAAGAGGUCCUCCUUUUCCUCCACCUCCGGGAAGCAUGUACGGACCUCCCCGGGAUUAUUUUCCUCCAGGGGACUUUCCUGGUCCACCACCUCCUCCAUUUGCAAUGAGAAAUGUCUACUCACCGAGAGCUUUUCCUCAUUAUCUUCCCCCAAGAGCUGGAUUUUUCCCCCACCCUUACCCCCACAUCCUGAAAGUAGAAGUAAGUACCCAUCAGGGUUGAUUCUGCCUUCAAGUGAGCCUACUACUGAAUGAACAUCCAGAACCACAAGAAACUACAAUAAUUUGCAGUCUCUCGUCAAAAGUAUUUUGACUUCUUUCAUUUUCAGUUUAGCAGCUUUUGCUUAAGUAAUUAUACUUAAUGCUCAAAUUGGAGCUUAAUGGAAUUACAUUGUCAGGAUCGUAUUUUGUAAAUAAAGAUAAUUUAAAUAUGAAUUUAAUUAAUAAAUUAUUUCUAUUUUACUUUAUUCUACAUAAUUUCACUAUUUUAAUUUGAGUAACAAAUCCACUAUCACAUAAACAAUAAUGGGAGUUUCCUAUAUUUAAUCUUGUAGUUGGAGAUGUUUUAAACUCCAAAGGCUGUAUCUUUAUGCCAAGAACUAUAUUUACUAUGGUUGUAGACAAAUGUGAAAGUGACUGUAUGCUUAAUUAAAUAAAUUUUAAUUGAUUUAAA